GCCAAUCGCACACGUUCACUCAGUGCGCGUGUGACCAUCGUGUGGGCAGGAACGUGCCGUGCCGCCCAUUGCCGCCUUUCGCUCCCCUGAGUGAACAAACCGGCGGAACGCUUUUCUUUGCGUUAGUUUUUUCUUUUGGACCGAACACCAUCAAAAAACAGCAAUGUGCCCGAAAAUGUUUAAACUAAUCAACGCGACAUGCCUCCUAUUCUGCGUUUACGUGGUUUCGGCAACUGGCACAGAAAAACCGGAGGAAAUUCUUACUUGGGAAAUAUUUUGAUUGAGUAUCAAAGAUGUCGCGGUAACACUGGACAAUGAGAUUCAACUGCUGAACAACAAGGGCAAGCUGAUCAGAUCGAUAACAGACAUCUUCAGCGAUAUCAAAGCAGUGACAUAUUUGAAUCAAAAGAAUCUGUUUAUUGUUGGAAAUCGCCACAAUGAUAACGAUACCAUCUACGUGUUGGAUCCUAGUUCAAUGCAAGUAGUUCCGGUUGUGGAAGAUCUUAAAGAUGACAUUCAAGGAAUUGCGGUUGAUCCAUUGGCGGAAAUGGUUUACUGGACGGACGCCACGAACAAAAGCAUCAACUACAAACUUUUAAACAUUUUGAAUGAGAAUAGGUCGUUUGAAUCAAACCAGUACGAUACGCUAUUUGACUUCCAGGAUCAAAAACCACAGGAUUUGGCUAUUGAUAGUUGUAAAAGAAUGAUUUACUGGACGAAUGCAAACACAAACACUCCAACAAUAGAAAAGGCGACGAUAAUGGGCACACACCGAAAGGUCCUGGUAACAGACGUGAUAACCCCCACGGCGAUUGUAAUUGACCAGCUGGAGCAACGUCUCUACUGGACUGAUAUGAUGGCGGGCAUCUACUACAGAAUCGAGAGUAUCGACUUAAACGGACACGAUCGCCGAUUGCACAUCGAGGGCACGCACCAGAAGCCGUUCGGACUCACGGUCGACAGAGACUAUGUCUACUGGACGGAUAUCAAUGACAACGCACUGUGGCGGAUGCCGAAGUAUAGCAGUGAAGCCCCAGAACACAUCCAUACGUUCACGCGACAACCGAACGGCAUCUUGUCGCGAUUCGUGGGAUUCCCCGAAGAGCCAAACUGCGAGAAACUCGCUGUUAUGAUUAAGCAAAGACACCAAGCAAAAGAGAACGAGAAACUUAACAAUGGUUACACACGAUACGCAGAGAACGAAAACAAGACCUGCCCGAUAUGCGUGCAUGGCACGCAAGCAGCCAACUGCACUUGCAGUUGUUUACCUGGUUACACAGGCGAGCAGUGUGAGGUGGAUGUUUGUUACAAUUACUGCCUGAAUGGUAAGUGCAGCGUGGAUUCGGAUGGUAAAGCACAGUGUGCUUGCAAUCUCGGAUAUACUGGUAUUCAAUGUGAGAAAGCCCCUUGUGACAAUUUAUGUUUGAAUGGUGGCGUUUGUCAUGUGGCAGAAAAUGUUGUUUGUACUUGCCCGAAGGGUUUCAGUGGUGAGAGAUGCGAGACAGUUGUACCAGUUAGUAACUUGGAGGUUUGCAAGGCACUGUGUGCCAAUACAAGUGAGCAUUUGGUGGUACAUGAAGAUAGGUCAUUCUUGUGCAGAUGUUCAGAUUUAAGCUAUAUGAGCAUAGAAGGAGCAAAUAGAACGCAAUCGUCUACGGUUUUCAAUGAUAUUGAUACAUUGGUAACAAAUCAUCCGUAUACCAUCGCACUGAUGUGUAGCAACAUUUUAACUAUGGUGAUAACAAUAUCCUUGGUGGUCUACGUAUGUAAGAUGAAAAGGCUUCGCCCGAGGAUUAAAAAGCGCGUUGUAGUGAAUAAAAAUGUCACGCCACUCACCUACCGACCACAAGUUGCACAAUGCGAAAUCACAAUUGAGGACUGUUGUAACAUGAACAUCUGCGAAACGCCUUGUUUUGAACCAAGAAACUUCCAACCCAAGAAAGAUGAAAAGAAGGUGCUGUUGGCUAACAUGGAAGCAAAUGAGGAAUACUAUUAGGAUGAGCACACUGGGUAAACUAAGAAAUGAAUGGGCAGACUAAAAAAAUAUAAAACUUAGGGUAGGCUGUGACGUCCAAAAAAAGUAUUACCAUUGUUAAGUUUUGAUAUUUAUAUAUUUAUACCAAGAAAAAAAGACUACCUUACGAUGUGUUCAAGGGUACACACACGCUAUAGAGUACUAAACAAGAAUGGCAAACCAAGGCAUGCGGGAAGUGAGCUUUAGUGUCUUAUGUAAUUUAUAGGCUAACAUUUGCCAAAAACAAAUCAACAACAAGUCUCCGAAUCUCAAUCUCUCUAAAUACGGGCCGCAAUAACUUAGAAUGAAAUUAAUUACUUAAAUCACUUUUACUUCACGCUUACGUAAGUUGCUCAAUUAUGUUGAUUUCGAGUAUGUACUUAUUAACGGACCUUUGACAAUAGUGUUUUUUACGUUCGACUCUUAAUGAUGCAGUACGAUUUUACUUUUAUCAUAUUGAUGCUAUCAAUGUCGUGCUCGCCGAUUGAUAAUCAAUUAUGAUGCAAUACUUGAUUUGGUAACAAAACGUAUACCAAAACGUGAAAUAUCCAAAAUAUGUGAUAUUAUCGUGCACAUAAUCAGCUAGUUAUGUGCUUUAACCGAUUUAUUUUAUACAUAACUGUGUAAAUAAUGAAGUGUUAUAUAAAAUGUAA